AUGGCUGCCGCUUCCGUUCCACCAUCAUCUUCCUCCGGCGGCUGGGACUUCACCUGUAACCUUGAAGUUGAUUAUGGGUCUGAGGAAAAUGCAUCCAUAGUCUACAAAACAUUAGCAGUUGACAAGGAGUUGCAGCCUGACAAGGUGAAGAGGGAGAUGACUCUGUCAGGCAGCAAGCUGGCCGUGCACUUUGCAGCCGUGGAGGCCCGGUUUCUGCGAGCAUCGUUCAGCUCAUUUGUCGACCUUAUGGGACUCGUGACGAAGCUUGUCGAGGAAUAUGGUGUGGCCAAGGAAGAGCAUUCUUGA